CUUUGGAAUGAAAUUGACUCCAUGUUAACUUGCAGAGAGAAAGUGACACGGACACUUUCCUGGGAGAGAGACAAGAAAGAAAGGAUGAAAGAAAAGAGAGCGGGAUCACUUUCGGACUCAGAAUCGGAGCAGAUCAAAUAUUCUUUCAAUCCUAAUCCUAAAAUGGCUCCAGAAAACAACCGAGAAAUGAGAAACUUAUCCCAGUUAAAGAGCAGAUUGUGGGACAGACCAAUCGGAGCGGAGUCAGUCUCCAUGAAGCGGUGUCCCUGGGCUGUGAGCCGAGAUCUCUGCAAUGUCCAACCUGUGAAGUGUGAACAGGACAAGCGCCAUGUGAACACACCGCGGGGACACAGUGGAUUUCAAAGGGAAUCGCUCUUCAUGGGGCCCAAUGUCAGCACGAAAAGCCGCCGCACCGGAUUACCGCUGUCACUCUCUCUAUAACCCGGAUGAUAAAAUCCAGCCCCCGAUGCAUGUUCACACUCCCCUCAAUUCAGAGCCUCCCUCUACACCACCUUCGUGCCCCAGGUGAGCUGAAGACACACAACACUGAGCUGGAACCGAGCGCUGCCUGUGAUUUUCAACCGGGGAUUUUCCACUCGCUGCUUCCGGAAUCUCCAGCUUUUAGAUUCCUGACCUCAGAAAGAAACCGGACAAACUAUUGAUCUCCCGCAGCUUUUCCAAAAAUCCUCGAGCCCAUUUUCACUUUUCGAAUGUAAUGCCACACAUUAAAGCCGACAGCAUGGCAGUGCCAGUGAGAGCACCGAGCACACUCCACACUCACACCGUUCGGCAGCACAGGCGCUCGCUCCCGGAUCACAAGCGGCUCCGAUUCGACUUUCCGUGUUUAAAUCCGCUCACAAGAACCGUUUUCGCCGCGGAACCACGAAGCCGCCGGUUUCUCAUCUUUCACAUUGGUGAAUCACUCUGGGUCGCUUGAUCAUGGCUUUGGCGAGUAUCUGGAGAUUUUGGAUGAUGUUGCUCUUCUUGUCCGGCACCCUCAGUCUGGGAUGUGAGAGGCUGCAAUUACAGCAAGUUCUCAACACAGAGACUCUCAGCAAACUGAAUGCAAUGGGCGGACCCUUUCCCCGCCACUGUAUAAGACAGAGACUCUCACUGAAAGCCAAACCUUUGAACCUGGUGAAACUCUCGAAGGAAUUAGAGACUCAAGACAGGAUCCAGAUUGUCCAUCAAACCCUGCGUCACAUCAGCAAGAUCUACAGCAUGAACCUGGGUUCAGUCACAUGGGCCCGGGACAAGGUUGAAAAUCUCCGGCUUCUCCUGGAUCGGCAGCUCGGUGAGUUGGAAGAAUGUAUCAGGAAACCAGGAUCAGAGCACAAGAUGAGGAGAAACUCUGCCAUUCACAAUUACUUUAGGAAACUGGAAAAGUUUCUCAAACAGGAGAAAUUCAGUGACUGUGCCUGGGAAAUAAUCCACACUGAGACCAGGGCCCGCUUACAACAGCUCCUUUUCAUCAUAGCACAAAUCAGCAGAAGAAACUGAGAAAGACAUGUUUAGCACAGACUGGGAACAAUGAAUAUUUAUUUUGAAAAAAUUUUAACAUAAAGCUAUUUAUAUAUAUAUUUGUAUCAAAUUUUAUAUUUUAUUGUACUGAUGACAGAACAAUGAGUGACAUGAUGGGAUUAUUUAUUUUAUUUAUUUAUUUAAUGAUAUUUAUUGCUAUGACAUUUUCCUCUGAUAUAUUCCUAACACUUCAGUGGGUGGAGUGUCUGCUCUGGAAUUUACUGUCAGACUUUCAAGAUAUGGGUUUGCAAACCUAGAAACCCAGGGCCGCACUGUCCUUUCCAUUUCUCCUCUCCUAAGUGGCCAACUUUUCAUUCUGUUUCAGCGAAUGUAAUUUAUUGAUCUUUAUUGUUGUGAUGUCUUCAUGUAAUGAAAUGUUACAUGUUAUUUAAAGUGUAAUGUGAAUUUUAAUGAUAAUUUAUUUAUUGAUAUUUAUUAAGAGUUGGGGAACACAUAAAGUUUUUUGUAACUGGAAGGUUUUAUAUAGAAUGAGAGCCUUUGCUGCAAAUAAAUUGUUUUCAAUA